AUGAGGUUGCAAGAGAAAAAACUUAGCCUAAUGAUGGAACUGAUGGAUGAAGAAUUUCCAGCGUCGUCUUCAUCAUCUUCAAUUUUGAGUUGUUCUUCUAAUGAUAAGUUGAGGUUGAGCAGAAACGUGUCAGGACGAUCUUUAACAAGACGGUCAGAGGCCAUUGCUUGUUAUCCAGGGAGUUCAUUGGUGGUUGUGCUGAUUCAAGCACUUGCACAUCCUACGAGUUUCAUUUGGGUCAUCGAUGAGGAUCACAAUUUAGUUGGAGUGGUAACAUUUAAAGAAAUCCUGAAAGUUUUUCAGAGUAUUGCAAAUGCAAGGUUGCAAACCUGA